GGCAGGGGUCCGUUACCGUUAGGUGGCCAGUCGUGGAAGUAUCGCGCUCAAGAGCGGACAUGAUGGGCUGGAUUAAAAUAAUCCCAUCGCUUCUGGUGGUGUUCGCUGUUUCGGCAAUGAUCAACCGUGCUCGGGCAGAUUUUGGGUUAAAUGCAGUGGUUACUGAUCACAAUAGUAUCAUCUACAGUGCUAAUGGAAUAAAUAAUGCCUUGAAGGAAUUCGAUAAAACUGUUCGGAAAAAUAGCGUAGCUGCCCAAACGGAUCGCGUGCGGGAGAUCAAUAAACUGGUUGUCGAUAUGACAUACGACAUUGCUGAACUUAGCAGAGCAGUAGUUGAAAAUGUAAAAAAAGCCUUGGAUGAUAGAACAACACCCGUUGAUGAGGUGUUCUUGACGCUGGGUGGAUCGUACUGUCGAAUGAAUCGCUAUCUAGAAUCAAAUGUUACGAUCAUGGCAUACGAUCUUAACAAUACUGUAGGGAGCGCAUUUACUUCGAAAAUUACGCAGGUUUUAGGCUCGAUGAAUGCAGCCAUCGUGAACAUAUCAUAUGCGACAGCGCAAAUUGAGGUUGUCAUUGGUAAUGCAAUGGUUGCUACCAAGGGAGAGCCACUAUCUAAAAAUGUUUUAACGGACAGCGGUCCAUUGAACGUGACGAGCUCUCUUUCAACAGCACUAGAACAAAUGAAAGUUGAAAUGUCGACCCUGACUCGAGUGAUCGAGAACUUACUACGGGAUAUGUCCCAGAUCGAUUCUUACAUUUCUAAGUUCAAUAGUACAUCUCAAUCAAUCCAGCAGAACUUAAAUGCUACUGCACUUAGCGUUCAAAAGGAAUUGGAAAACGUGCAAGCAAAUCUUUUGAAAAGGUAUUAUAAUUGUCAAAACAAUGUAAAAUCAGAACUAGGUAAUGCAAUCUUAAAGAUCGAUGGAUUUAGCACGCAUCCUAAAUUGCAACCGUUAUUGGAUAACUACACUGCCGAAUAUACCCGAAUUUACUACAAUCUAUUCAAUCGGAACGACUCAGAUGUUUCCGAUUUCGUAAACUUUUUCCAGAACUGCACUACUUUAAUGUACCAGUUAAGUCAGCAUUACUAUGAAGAGCUAGAUUCAAAUAUGCAGGAAAUUAACGACGAUGUGACAAAUGCAUAUUUGGAACGAAACGAAAACAAAGAGGCUUGCUUUAACAGACAAGUAAAACAGAUAUUUUCUCAUUUAUCAAACUUCCAAUACAAUAUAAACAACUGCAUGGGACAAGAAAAAAAUCGACUGUGGCGAUUCGACGAAGUGUUUGAGAAGAUAUCGCAGCUUGUCCAGUACACCACUCAAGAGUUUGUAGCGAAUAUCGUCGGCUGUAGCGCCUACUCAGGUUUCGCCAAUUCGGCUGUUGCAUUUAGUCAAGCUGAAGCGUGUCUAAAAACGAAUUUAGAGAAUAUGCAAAGUUUUCAAACUAUCAUAAAUCACCAGCUGGACGGAAUAAAGCCGAUCAAUCAGGUGGAGGCUUUGGCAUGCCGUUUUCGGUUGGAAAAUUGCAUGGCGGUUUACUACAAAACAGAAACCGCCGCUGUUGAAGUUUGGAGGGAUGAAACUGAGUUGUGCGCCUCUAAUGCAGUGCAGUGAGAUACAAUAGAAUUUCAUCCACCAACUCCCUUGUUCAGAUGUUACUUAGAUCAGCAGAACGAUGGAUCAAAAGUACUUUUGAAGAGUUUUAGUUGUAUGUGUAGAAAACGCUGGUCGACAAAAACGAAAAAAAAUGCUUUAAAGUUCAACAAGUUGACCUAUAAAGAUUAUAGCUUUUUAAUUUUGGUGCCCCUAGUAAAUGCUGAAGAGCGUCAAAAGGCCGCGGAGUAAUUGCUCACAGGGUUUGUUUGUUUUUACGUUUGCUUAACAGAAAACUCCUUUAGGUCUCUGUGAAAGUUAUCUUUGCCAGAGGUACCAAAGUUCACAGGAAUGGGUUAAAAGCUAUAAUCUUUCAAUAUUUUUUCAAUGUGAGCUCUAGAUGUUUACCAGUGUUAUUUGAGUAUAAACCGAUCAAAAUGUAUUAUUUACGUCUGUCAAGGUGAAUUUUUAGAAAAAAUAUUUAAAAAAGUUGUUGCAGCUGUGGUGCAAUAUUUAAAUAAAUAAUAUUUAUAAACAUUUUUUAUCCAUUUUAUAGUACU